AUGAAGCGAAAGAAGGAGUGGAAAAAGCAAGGGCAUUUGGAACCGCAGCAGCUCCACCUGGAAGACGAGGCCAGGUGGCAGCAGCGAAAGGCCCGCGGUCUGCUGGAGGCCCGUGUGCUCAGUCGAAUCGGGCUGCCUGAAGGCAGCCGCAACUUUGUUGCAUCUGAGGAGCGCGGUGUUGCCCACUCAAGCCGAAGCAGCAUCCCGCGGCAGGCUCUCUGGGAAGCAGUGUCCUGCUGCUGUCCAGCCGUUCCCGAACGCGAGCCGGAGGAGCUUCAGUUUGGAGAAAGCUGCGCUCAGAUGCUUGAUGCAGAGCAGCACGUUCUCGACAUCGUUCAGUGUCAGGGCCACGGGUGCCAGCAGGCGAUGCGGCGCAGCCUCAACUUGCGCCAGUGGGGACUGAAGAGCCGCAGCGCUUGUGGUGGCCAUGAAGUCGACAUUCCCCUUGAUACCCGCAGCAUCGUCAACAGCGAACUAUCCGUGCCGACAUGUUCGUGGAUCCAUGAGCUCGCCUACGUGAGCAUUGAACGAUUUCUGCUCACGUUGCCCCUGGCAUCUUUACCACAAAUCUCCAUACAUCGGAACUCGGGCUGGCGAGCUGGCGGAACUUUCGAGCGCUUGGGGACUUCGGUGGAUGCCUGCGAAGGUGGUGCGGCCGAGUCUGGAGGCGGCGUCGGCUGCAGGCAUGCGCUUGUGACGUGGAAGCGAAGCCGAGAGCUCCCAGCCGAGUCCUCGCACGCCCCUCGGCUUCCACGGCCCUGGAAACGCUUCAGGGAUGUCCUCGCAAGCAGCAUGGGAGAAUGGGCAUGCGUUGCUGCCCUGGUGCAGCUGUGCCGCAUGGUGCCGCCGGUGAGCUCCGAGCGCGUGUCCCUCACCUUCCGGUGGGUCCGGGAGGACGUCUUGGAGGAAUUGAAGCACACGGAGACCUUCGCGCAGAUGAAGCAAGUGGAGCCCGGCCAUCUAUAUCAGGACAGAGCAGGACGUGCUGCGAGCGGUCGAGCAGGUGCACAAGAAGGCUCCGUCUCGGAAGUCAUGAAGCGAAAGAAGGAGUGGAAAAAGCAAGGGCAUUUGGAACCGCAGCAGCUCCACCUGGAAGACGAGGCCAGGUGGCAGCAGCGAAAGGCCCGCGGUCUGCUGGAGGCCCGUGUGCUCAGUCGAAUCGGGCUGCCUGAAGGCAGCCGCAACUUUGUUGCAUCUGAGGAGCGCAGUGUUGCCCACUCAAGCCGAAGCAGCAUCCCGCGGCAGGCUCUCUGGGAAGCAGUGUCUUGCUGCUGUCCAGCCGUUCCCGAACGCGAGCCGGAGGAGCUUCAGUUUGGAGGCCGCGCCCUGCAGACAGAAGAGGGCCUCAACGGGCACGAUCGUGAUACUUCCUCGGGGACACCAAGAAUGGCAUCUACCGGUGGUGGUGGGCAGGGGGAGCAGCCGGACCAUAGCAUGCAAGCCAAUGCAGGGGCCGAAGCCGAGGGGGCCAAGGACGGUGAGGGAUCACCGCAGAAGAGGGGACGCACCCAGGAGCAGCCUUUGACCCUGGCGCUUUUGCGGGAAGUGCUGGCCCAGGAGCGGGAGAUCGACCGAAACCACCUCGCUCAGCGAUUGGAGACCGUGCAGGGGGAUGUCAAAGCCAUCCGUGGGAGAGUGGACGCAGUCGAGACGGGGGUCACCAUGCAGAUGCAGAACACCAUGACUAUGUUGACCAAGGUGACCGACAACUACGAUGUGCAGUCUAAGGCCUUGGGGGAACUCAAGGUUGCCCAACAGCAGCUGGAGAAGAGACUUGAGGCGAUGGAGCACAAGCCGUUCUCCUCGGCUCCGGGGAGCACGACCGCGGACACGGAAGGGGGAACUGGCAAACCGCCAGCACUUAUCAUGGGGGGGUGGCACCCAGAUCAGCCAGCUGAGGAAACACUGCAGGCAGCGAAGACCAUCCUCCGCAGGCUGGACGUCCAGCUCAACCCUGAAGAUGCUUUUGUGCCUGGCCUGCGCAGGGGGUACGCGAUCAUACCGAUCAAGCCAAAGCCGUUCGAAUCUGAGGACGAGCGCCGCACAAGAGUUCAGGGGGCCAUGCAACGAGUCCGCAAUGCCAACGUGACCACGGGGACCGACGACUCCGGCAACAUGCGCAAGCUCUGGAUUGCCCUUUCCCAGAGCCCAGAACGACGACGCAGAGCGAAACUGGCAGGGAAAGUUAAGCGCCUGGUGCUCGAGCUGGGGGGCAACAAGACCGAUAUGGAAGUCGAGUUCGCGACGGGGACCGUUUGGAUGGUGACCAGCGGGGGGAGCACUAAGGUCUCCAGCUGUUCCGCGGAGCAGCCAGCCACAGCCGAAAAGGUCGGGGCCGGAUGGGUCGACGUGACGGCGAUCGCAAAGGCCAUGAGGAAGACGCUGCAAGAGGUGCAGACCGCAUGGGGGCCCCGCAAAGCGGAGCUUCUGUGGCACGAGGGGCAGCUCGGCGGCAAGUUUCACCAGCGAGAUAGGGGGGAACACUCCCAGCCAAUGCGGGUGGCGACCUGGAAUGUGGGAGGACUCACGGCUCAACAUGUGCUGGAGGCCACCCAACACUUUUCGGGGGACCCGGACCUUGAGUUACUACGCGUGCUUUUGCUGCAAGAAGUCGUUACCGAGCCGGGGGUUUUCUUUGCAGAGCAGUAUGGAUGGACAGUCGCUUUUGGGAAGAAUGAGGGGGACUGGAGGGGCACGGGGGUGGCGUACAAAACUAGCACAGCCCACCACAGCAACACACAGCUCCUCCCGGUGGGCAUUGCCACAACACUCACAGACACAGCCGGGAAGCGGGGGGUGCGUUUUCUGUCUGGCCACAUACCACACCACGCCACCAUAGCGCAAACCGAGCAAUACCUGGGGGAGUGGAGCAACACGCUCAGCAAAGCCAGGGUUGUGUUGGGUAUGGACGCCAAUGAGCAGUUCACGCAGGCGGAGGGUGAGGGGUGGCAUGCACACACCGGCAGGGGGGAAGCCAUUUUGGCAGCCAUGGCGGACAAAGGCCUCAACACGCCAGAGCAGCAACUCACCACGCCGUCGUACCACCCAUACAACACAGCCAUGCGCUCCCGGCGCUUGGACUACCUGGCGGUCCGCGGGCUCCACACACAGACCGGACGAGUAGCAGGCGACAGCCGGCAUCUGGCACGUUCCGACCACGACCUGGUGUGGAUCGACGUCACUGUGGGGGGGCCGCCGCCGAAGCCAAAGCCGACAUGGGGGGCAAGGAGGUAUGCCAAACACGUCAACGUCCAGAACGAAGCAACAAUACCACCCAGCCAGACGGACACACAUACCGCCAUCAGUCAGCUGGCCUGCAGGAUCACGGUGGCGGGGAGGGAAACCGACAGGUUCACCGAGAGCAACGCUCUCAAAGGCCUGCGCCGGCAGGCCAGGGGGGCGCCACAACACCUUAGCCGAGAAGCGUGGGAAAAAGUGGCGCGGGUGAGGCAACAGGAGCAGCGAGCAUGGCACCAAGCGUUGGUCAACAAGGCCAGCCAUGCAAACUGGCGAGCCAAGCGGGCGCUGGAGACACACACUGCUCGCAGGGGGUGGCAACACCAACUCACAGACGACCCUGAAUGGAGACACAAGCUCCGGGGACACUUUGCAAGCAUCUUUGCCAAAGCACCGGCACAGCGCACAGCACAACGUUUGGCAGAGACCAGGGGGGCCCUGACCAAGCUAUGCAAGCACACCCCGUGGAGGCCCUUCACACGGUGGGACCUCGAGCUUGCGACCCGCACCUGGAAAAAGGGCAAAGCGGCGGGGCCUGACGCCAUCACGCACGAAAUCCUCUGGCUACUCAUGCAAGAGCAGGCGUGGGGGGACAGAAUCCUUUACAUGAUGAACGACUUCCUCUACAAAGGCUCCAUACCGGAAGAGGACGGGGCGCCGUUGCAGUGGGGGGCGAGGGGGAAGCAAGCACCUGAGCUGCUCGUGGUGCUGCGGCGAGUGAUCAGGCACGCCAAGGACUGGAACAUCCCGACCUGGAUAGUUAAGUUGGACGUGCGCAAGGCGUUUGAUAGUGUGUGGCAGGAAAGUAUGGGGCAGGUGGUUGCGGGGAAGGCAAGGCGGGGGAGGAAGCACCGACGGGAUGCCAUGGGAGGCCAGAGCGUGAAUGUUCCCCAAACCAACGGGGUGCGCCAAGGCUCACCUGAUAGUCCAGUGCUCUUCGGUCGGGUGGUCGCAGACGACCUUGAGGGGCCCCUCAACGCCACACAACACCUCCUGCCCCCCAAGCAGGAGGGGCCACCUCCACCACAAUCCGGGGGGGCGUACAUGGAUGAUACCUACCUCUGGAGUUACGAUCGCGACCAUCUGCAGGCCUCGCUCGCGGAGCUUGAACGCCGACUCAGGCAACACGGCCUCACCAUAAACCCGGGGAAAACGGCGAUCAUAUACAGCCGGCCGGAGGGGGGAGGUACAUUCCGAAUUGGGGGGGACGAGGUUGCAUGCAAGCCCUUCGGCGAGGUGAUCACCGCACUGGGGUCACCCAUCACGUUCGGGGAGGAAGUGGCGGCCGUUGUUGCAGAAAUGAACCACUGCGCGCCCACGUCCCUGGACAGCAGGAUCAAGCUCCACCAGACACUCGUACGGGGGGCGGCGCUGUGGGGGGGGGAGGCGUGGCAGGUCACAGACGCAGUGCUCCAGGCGGCGAACAGCACGCAGCUCACGCAGGUGCGCCGCAUGAUGCACCCAGGGCGGAGGCCAGGGGAGACUUGGGCGGAAUGGCACGUCAGGACCAUGAGGGGGGCGAGGGUGGCGCUUCACAAAGCCCAGGUCCUACGCUGGAGCACGUACGUGCUGGAACGAGUCUGGGACAUUUACGGACACAUGCCAGGGCGGAGCCCGGGGGGAGACCCAUGCUGCUGUGGAAGAACAUGGAAUGGUGGGGCCAAGAAGUCCGGAAGCCGCGCAGCCAAAGGCAGUACUGGCACCAAGGACCAAAAGGGGUGGAGCAUCAGGGGGGCAGUCUUUGUCGAGAAAUUUGAUGUGGAGUGGAGUUCGGGACAGCAGCAAAGCCUGACAAACCUGACACCAAACAACCGGGUAGACCAGUUGCAAGCAGUGAACAUGUCAGUGCAUGCCACGGCUUCGCCCGUUUUUGACUUCGAGGCUUUGCCCGAAGGAGUGCAGAGGCGUGGCCCGCCUUCCAUGGCUCGGCCGGACCGUCCAGGAGUCCUGGGCCACCUAGGUCCCUUCCCUGUGGAGGCAGGGACGCUGACCUCCCAAGACCGGGAGGAGAUCCGCCAGGAGACUGGGUGCACGGUGGGAGUGCGCGGGCGGAGUCAGUGGGGCUCGAGGUGCCUCACGGUCUGCGGACCGCCUUCAAGGCUGAUGGCGGCGAAGGAGAUGGCGGAGGAGAGGAUCGCCAACUCCGUGGAAGACGCGCGGGCGCCGAAGCCAAAGGGCCCUGCGCAUGGUCCCCCUUUUGGACCACUCUCAAAGGCGGCCAACAAGGGCAAAGGCAAGGGCCCAGCCAAAGGCGCCUUUGAAGGACCGCCGGCGCCUAAAACGCCGCCGGCAGCGCCAAGGCCGCAGCCAAUGGCUGCCCCGGCACCCAUGCCGGGGCAGAGUAACGGGGAACUUGCGAUGCAGCUCCAGAUCGCACUCAGCAGGAUCUCGACGCUGGAGACGAGUGUGCUGCAACUUCAGACGUUGCAGAACUAUGGAGGGCACCAAAGUGCCCUUCACGAGAGCCGCUUGCGCAAGGUCGAGGCCGACCUGUACUGGCAGGAGCGAAGGCCGCCACGCACACGCAGCCGCUCGCCUCCCGCAGCUGCCAGCAACAGCGGCCAGCCAGCGCCAGCACGCUCACGCUCCCAGAGUGCUGGCAGUGGCAGCUCCAGCAGCCAGCAGGAGUCACCGGCCUCCAAGGAACUUCUCGAUGAGCAAAGCAAAGAUCCUGUAAUCCUGGCAAGAAAGGAGAAGGAUGACGCUAUUCGGGCCAUGGUUCUUGACUUGGCAAACGCUUACUCGAAGGCGUACGAGGAAGGCCGCUGUGCAGUUCGCAAGCCGAAAAGGCCUUCAAAGAAGAAAUCCUCACCCGCCUCCGAGAGUUCUGAGAGCGACAUGGAGGAUGCGACAUUGAAGCAUUUGCUGAACCUGUGCUGCAUGGAUUCGAAAGCCACUGGGGGCCCAUUCGAAGCUGGCCUCACAACCUCGCAGCAGAUGGAGCUCCAGGAACGGUUGGGUUUCAUUUCGGAUCCUGAAGUUCAUGCUCGGAAGGCUGCGGAUGCAGUCCCAGCUUGCUUGAAGGCCCCAGACCAGCAGUGGCUCGAGGAACGAUUGGGUUUCAGUUUGGAUCCGGAAGUUCAUGCUCGGAAGGCUGUUGAGAAGCGAGAUCAGGGUGAUCAGGGUGCAUCCGUGCUCACAGCCUCGCCUUUUGAAGACACUUUGAGUGAGGCCGCGAUCCAGAAUAUGUUGGCUGCAGGUGACCACAUGUCGGCUCCAGUUGAGCCUGAGGUUUCGAGAUCUGCUGCUGCUGCCCCAGUAGAGGAUCCACUUGAGCAGCCUAUCUUUCCUCAGACGGAUGGGCUUGCUGCGCAGCUUGCAAAUAUGGACCCCAAAGCCAUUCAGCAGCUUCUGUCGGUUGUCAACAUGAAGCUGGAGUCGGCUAAGGCCGUGAAAGCCGACGAUCACGCUGUGAAGCGCUCACUUUCCUUCGGCUCCGAAGUCUCGACUACGUAUGGCAAUGACGGUUCUGCUGCCACGAACUCCGUGAAGGAUCAUGAUGAGGCCGAGCUUCGCGAACGCGAAGCAGAGAUUGCGCAGAAUGAGCGUGAACACAAGCUCUUGAAAAGCCAAGAAAAGCUACGACAGCAGCUUCGUGACCGGGAGGAUCGCCGGGCAGCGAAGGUUACAGAGAGCAACCUUCGGCGACAGUCAGACGAUGUUUCUCCUGAGGAGAAGCCCGCUGCGUGCGUGAUCACUCGGCAAAUGCAGCUGGGACUCACGGCUGCUAAGCGAAGCAAGGCGACUGAUGAGAACGAGGGUUCAGAGCCGGAGACGGGAAAGGCUAAGCCGAAGAGCAAGGCCAAGGCCAAGGCCAAAUCCAAGGCCGCAGCCAAAGGAAAAGCAAAGGCGAAGGCCAAAAGCUCCGGUUCCAAGAAGAAGCAGCCUGCUGCAAGCACAACAGCUGCGGAGGAGGACGCCGAUGGGCCACCUGAGGCCGAGGAGGCCGUUGCUGCAUCCGGUGACGAGGAGGCCGAUGCUCCACCGGAGGAGGCAUUGGAUGAGUCUGUUGGUGAGCCUCCCAAGGGCAACGCAAAAGCAGGGAAAAGACCCAAGGUCUUCAGAUCCAUGUCUAAGCGCCGCCUUGCGUGCAAAGGGUCGACAGGAUCUGCAUCCAAGAAGGGUUCCCGCAAAUCCAAAGCCGGCAAGCCCGGCAAGGCGAUUGCGGACGGCGAGGACGGCGAGGAGCUUGCGGGCGAGGCCGACGAUAAUGAUGAGGGCAGUUGGUCUUGGCCAGCUGGUGGUAUUAUUGCCGGUCGCGUGAACCGGAAGCGCAAGGCCGCAGCCGGUGGUGCGCAGCGUGGUCGCGCAAAGAAAAACAAAGCCAAGGCAACCGAGGAGAUUGCGGAGCCGCCCACGGAGGCCGAUGACCCCGAGGAAAAGGAGGAGCCCCACAACGAGCCCGAGGACAAGGAUGCCCCUGCUGAGCGACAGACCUUUGCCAGACGAACUUGUGCUGACAGGGGUUGGAAUAAGGCCCGAUGGGAGGCCAUCCGGGAUGCGUACAACGCAAAGAUCCGCUGCUUUGUGAUCGGCCACUCAGAUACCUUCUGGUCCUAUGUGGUCAAGAACCUCAAGCAGCGUGGUCAAACGCCCGAGGUAGAGGAGUGGCCCACCGUUGCGAUGGAUUCGGCUUGGGAGUUUCUUCGGGAUGAGGAUAUCAGCUCCUGA